AUGUCAAAUUAAGAUCUUAAUAUAUUUCCUCAUCUAAAAGUAAAUGUGCCUUCAUUCCUUCUGAAAACAUAUGAAAUUUUAGAGGUAUAAGAGACAAAAUAAUAUUUAGAAUGAUUCAUUAAGUGAUUUAAUAUCAUGGAACAAAGAAGGAACUUCAUUUAUUGUAUUCAAUCAAAGUGAAUUGUCUUCUAAAGUGUUAGCAAAUUAUUUCAAACAUAAAAACUAUCCUAGCUUCCUUAGGUAUUUAUAAAGUAAUGUAGAUAACUCAACAUGUAUAAUUUUAAAAAGACAAGAAAUCAAUUUGGGUAAAGUGAAUUCCGUCACAAAUGGUUUAGAAGAGGUUUAAAGUAAUAUUUUGAUUUAAUUUUUAGAAGUAUGUUGCAGUAUAUAAAAAGAAGAAAUUAAGAAGAGUCAGAUCUAAGAAUAGAAACUAAAGAAAGCAGUUAAGAACUUGAUAAUUACAAAAGAGAACAUGACAAUAUAAAAUAAAUUGUUAAAGACAUAUAAGAAACCUAAUUAACUUUGUAGAAAGAUUUGAAUUUUCAAUUGGAGCGAUCCAUGUCCUUAACUCGUUAAAAUUAGAACACUUUAUAAGUUAAUUAAUAUGAUUAUCUAGGCAAUUAAUUUAACUUAAUAAUAAUUCAAUUAAAAAUAUGAUUACGUGACAAUCAUGUUAACCAACGCAAUCAAUAAUUUACCAAGUUUGUGUAAUCUAUAAAAAUUAAAUUUUAGUAUGUAAUUUUAGGGAAAUUAUCAAAUAUUGUUAAGACGAUAAUAGAAUUGCAAUAAAUGGAACUUAGAACUUUUAAUACAAUUAAUUACAUUAUUAUCCUUAGAGAUCACAUUCAUGUAAAUUUCAAUUUAAUUUAAGUUUAUUAUUAUGAAAAUGAUCCAAAACAAUAUUUAUAUAAAAAAGGAAAUCCCCUAGCUUUAACAGCUUCAACAUAGAAUAAUUAUUUAUGUAAAAUAUUUAUUAUAUGAUAGCUCCAUAACAUAACUAUUCGCAAUAAUCUAGCCAAUAAAAUUCUCCUUAUAGAAUAUAGAAUAUACAAAUGUCUCCAUUUUAUUUAGAUUAAAGAAAUGUAGAUUAAAUAAAUUAGAUUUAAAAUUUAUACCAAGGCAGAUGA